AUGAAGGUCUUUGCCAUCGCAGCCGCCUUGUCGGUGGCCGUCUCCGAGGUGUCUGGCCACUACAUCUUCCAGCAGCUGGGCGUGGGCUCUUCCAAAUUUGGCGUUUUCGAGCACAUUCGCAAGAACACCAACUACAACUCCCCGGUGACUGACCUUGCCUCCACGGACUUGAGAUGCAAUGUAGGCGGCGCCAGCGGUGCGCAGACGACCGUCACCUCGGUCAAGCCUGGCGACUCGUUCUCCUUCACCCUUGACACAGCCGUCUACCACCAGGGCCCGAUCUCUCUAUUCCUCUCCAAGGCGCCGUCUCACGUUCAGGACUACGACGGGUCUGGAAAAUGGGCCAAGUUCAAGGACUUUGGCCCAACCUUCUCCAACGGCCAGGCCACAUGGCCGAUGUACCAAACAUACGAGGCCAAGAUCCCGACCUGUCUUCCCAACGGCGAGUACCUGCUGCGCAUCCAGUCGCUGGCCAUCCACAACCCCUGGCCCGCCGGCAUCCCUCAGUUCUACAUUUCCUGUGCCCAGAUCAAUGUCACCGGCAGCAGCGCGAGCGCCUUCUCGCCGACGCUGAGCAUCCCCGGUGCUUUCAAGGAGACUGACCCAGGAUACACCGCAAACAUCUACAAUGGUUUCACUUCUUAUGAAGUCCCCGGAGGCAGCGUGUGGAACUGCUAA